UCUUUCCUUGUAGUGGAUCAAUAACUGCAUAGGAAGAAAAAAUUACAAAAGGUUCUUCAUCCUCAUGGUGUUUGCUCUUCUCUUGCUUAUUCUGCAGUGGGCUGUUGGGAUGCUUGUGCUGAUACUGUGUUUUGUUGAGAGAAGGAGAUUUUCUGCUGAAAUUGUUUCAAAGCUGGGUAGUAGCUUUUCCUUGGCACCCUUUAUCAUUGUGGUGGCUGUGUGCACUUUAUUAGCCAUGGUUGCUACUCUUCCAGUUGCACAACUUUUCUUCUUCCAUAUUCUUUUAAUAAAAAAGGGAAUCAGCACCUAUGAUUACAUUAUUGCUUUGAGGAAGCAAGAUCAGGAGCAGGAGCAACUUGCUGUUGGUGGGCAGCAAAGUCCGCAAAUGUCCCAAGUGAGCUCUUUUACUGGACUAAGCAGCACCAGUUCUUUCAAUCAAUUCCAUCGCGGUGCAUGGUGUACUCCGCCAAGAUUAUUCCUUGAGGAUCAGGUAUCAUACUUUCAUUAUUUAGAAAGUUAUUGUGAAUGUAAUUUACCAUGCCUGUCUCGGAUCCUCAGGACGGAGGCCGCCGUCCUCGGAGUCGAGCGCAAGGCCGGCUCUGCCAAGUUCACCCGCCUCUGGCCCAGAGCAGUGCUUGAGGCGCUCGAUAAUUCCAUAUCCGCUAACCAAUGGGAAUCCGCUCUCAAGAUCUUUGGACUGGUUCGGAGACAGCAUUGGUAUCAGCCAAUUUCCCGAACCUAUGCAAGGCUAUUAACCAUGCUGGGCAAGUGUCGACAACCUGAUCAUGCAACUUCACUUUUCAGAGUGAUGCUGUACGAGGGCCUCAAACCAACGCUUGAUGUUUACACAUCACUUGUUGGCGCAUAUGGUCAUAGUGGCCUGCUAGACAAGGCAAUUUCUACACUUGAGGAGAUGAAUGCAAUUUCUGAUUGUGAACCAGAUGCUCAUACAUACACCGUCCUCAUUAGCAGUUGUUGCAAACUUAGGCGCUUUGAGUUGAUUCCGCAAUUGCUUAUGGAAAUGUCUUAUUUGGGGAUCGAGCCGAAUACAGUUACUCAUAAUACCAUUAUAGAUGGUUAUGGGAAAGCUAGGAUGCUUGAGGAGAUGGAGAGUCAUUUGUCAACUAUGCUUGAGACUGGAAAAUGCUUGCCUGACAUAUAUACAAUGAAUUCCAUGGAGGCGAUGGGCGACAACUUCACAACCCAGCUGCGGCGGUGA